AUGCAAGUUGCUGAUUGUAGAGGAAAAUUUAAACUUAGUCCUCUAACAAAAAGUUCCCACAGUACCAAGACGGAAAAGGAUUUAUCAGGAUUUCUCCCAUGUCAUUUUGACAGCAUUGAAAAUAAGUUGACUCCUUCACAAAUACAAGCCUUCAAAACUGCCUUCAAUUUCUUUCACAAGGAUAAAAAUGGCUGUAUUGAUUUAUAUGGAAUGAUGCGCACUCUAUCAAAGUUAGGCAUGAAUCUAAACAAGCAUGAUGUCUGUAAUGAACUAAGAUAUGCUGAUAUUGAUCGAGAUGGGAAAGUGAGUUUCUCCGACUUUAUCAAGGUGCUAACGGAUAAGAACCGCUUCCUGAGAGCUGUGGGAAAAGACACCUGUUUAGAUUCAGACGGCAGCACAGGGAUCCUGUUGUUUGAAAUCCUAUCGAAACUUGUGGAGACUUCAGCCCUACCCAAAAAGACUAUAAUGGAAAUAGUAAGGUAUUUCCGAAGAAAACUCCAGGAGAGUACCUCAGGAAUAGCAUGGAGUUCCUAUGCUACAGAUUAUUCAAGAAGGAGAUUUAAGUCAGACAUCUGUACACCUCCACACUCAAGCACAGCUGCCUUUGCCAAUGCUGCCCGGAUAUCGAUAAUGAAAGAAACGGAUUUAUUUAAAUUUCUGGAAGAACUCAAGAGAUGCAAUUCUACUUCAGACAGCCCAUAUUCAAAAAUACCCGUUUUUCCAUUGCUCCCCAAUGUGGGUGCACUGGUGAUGGGAAAACCAUUCAGAGACCUACAUAAAUUUGAAAUGCUAAGGAGAAAGGAGCCUUUGAAUUUCUUUGAGAACUAUUUUUUCCAUAAAAGAGACUGGAAAACACAGGCAGCACACUUAAAACCUAUUAGUGCUACUUCAGGCUAUCCACCUGAAAUUCUUGCCAUUAGCCAUAUGUUCAAGAAAAAGUCCCAUUGGACAGUGGCUGAUGCAGCAGCGAUCAAACAGCAGGUAAAGAGAGCUACAGAUAACUAUAACUUAGGAAUUGCUCUUGAACAUCGAAAAGAAAUGUUAAACCUCUGGCGGAAGAUACGAGGGGAUUUGAUUGGGUUAGAAGCUAAAAAUGAAGCCUUCUAUGAUACUUUUUCUACUUAUUCAUGGUCCUGGAAUAUUUGCCAAGAGUUACUUUCCUCAAAGGACUUAAGAUUAUAUGAUGCCCACAUGAAUAGAAAUUCCUUCCACCAUUCCGCAUACACUUCUUUGAGUUCCAGUGAAAGUAAUACAGAGAUAGGAGAUAAAAGAAAACGGAAAAGUUUCAAAGGGUUUCAACAAUAA